GGCCCGCAGCCCCCCACACCAUGUCGGUAGAGCUGGAAGAGGCCGAUCUGCCCCUGACUGAGGCGGAAGAGGCACCGCUCUCCCCGGAGAAGAAAGCAGCCGCUAGGAAGGCGAAAGGAGGCGGCUCCGGCUCCUCGUUGUCGCCGUCGAAGAAAAGAAAGAACAACAAGAAGAAGAAUCAGCCCGGCAAAUACAGUCAGCUGGUGGUGGAGACGAUCCGCAAACUGGGCGAGCGCAAUGGCUCCUCGUUAGCCAAGAUCUACAAUGAGGCCAAGAAGGUGGCCUGGUUCGACCAGCAGAACGGCAGGACCUACCUGAAGUACUCCAUUAAGGCGCUGGUACAGAACGACACGCUGCUCCAGGUCAAGGGCACCGGCGCCAACGGCUCCUUCAAGCUCAACAGGAAGAAGCUGGAAGGCGGCGGCGAGGGGAGCGCGGGCAGCAGCGCCCACAAGUCCCACAAGAAGGCGACGGCCUCCACGUCCCGGCGGGCGGAGAAACCCGCGGCCAAGAGCAAGAAGCCCGAGAAGAAAUCGCACAAGAAGGGAGCCGGCGGCGCGGCGGCGAAGAAGGACAAGGGCAAAGCCAAGAAAGCCACCAAGAAGGGAGCCGCGUCUCCCGGGGGCAAGAAGGUGAAGAAGUCGGCAAAGCCCAAGGCGCUCAAGAGCCGGAAGGCAUGAGAUCGGGGCGCUGGGAGCCCCGCGCCGCCCCCCGGACUUUGAGCCCCGCGGCACAGACUGCUCUGAGGACAGACCCCAGGGGACCCGCUUUGUCUUUGUGUUGCUGAUUCGGCUCCGCAGCCGCCGCCGUGCGCGGUGAGCGGGGCUGCGGCCGCCCCGGCCCCCCCCUUCCCCUUCUCUGCCGCCUUAUUUUUCUACCCCAACCCCCCAUCCCACACCGCGGCUUCUCCCCGAUCGCGCCCUUUUGUUUUCGGCCGUGCCCUUCCCCGCCUGUAGACGGUUCCCGGCCCCCCCACCCCCGCUCCCCCUUGUCUGCCCGGUUGUUCCCAGGGAUUUUUCCCGCCCGGUUUCCAUAGUAGCCAUUUUGCGGCGGGGCCCCCCCCGCGCCACGUGGGCCGGUCCCGCUCCCGCCGCCCGCGCGCGCCCCGCCCCGCCCCUCCCGCCGAGCGCGCGCGCUUGGCCC